AUGCCCCCCAAAAAACAACAGGCCAGCAGUUCCUCCAAAGUGAAGGAAGACAAGACCUUUGGUUUGAAGAAUAAAAAUAAAUCCGCCAAAGUUCAGAAAGAAGUCCAACGAAUCCAACAAGCCGACGCUCUCGCAGGCAAAUCCCGCGCCGUGCUUGAUAAAGAAAAGGAACAAAGGCUUCGAGCAAAAGCCAAAGAAGAUGACGAAAAACGUCGGAGGGAAGAAGCUGCUUUACUCAAACCCGUCAUCACUCAACCUAAACUGCCCUUUGGUGUCGAUCCGAAGACGGUGUUGUGUGCGUUCCACAAGGCAGGGCAAUGUGAUAAGGGCAACAAGUGUAGGUAUAGUCACGAUUUGAAUAUCGGGAGGAAAGUGGAGAAGAAAAACUUGUAUGAAGAUACGAGGGCAGAAAAGGAAGCUGAUACUAUGGAUACAUGGGAUGACGAAAAGUUACGAAGCGUCGUCCUGUCAAAAGCUGGCAAUCCACGGACAACGACAGACAUCGUGUGUAAAUUCUUUGUCGAAGCCAUCGAGACGCAAAAGUUCGGCUGGUUUUGGGAAUGUCCAAACGGGGAGAACUGUCAGUACCGACACGCCCUACCCCCAGGGUUUGUUCUCAAAUCACAAAAGAAGGCUAUAGAAGAAGCGAACAAGGCGAAUGUAAUCAGUCUAGAAGAAUUUUUAGAGGUCGAGCGCCACAAGCUCGGAUCCAAUCUGACCCCAUGUACGCCUGAGACGUUCGCAAAGUGGAAGCAGACCCGGCUGGAUAAAAAGACUGCGGAGGAGGAGGCCUUACGCAAAUCCAAAGAGACGCAACAUGCAGCAGGUAAAAACACCGGUAUGAGUGGAAGGGACUUGUUCCAAUACAACCCCGAAUGGUUCGACGACGAAGAGGGCGAGGACGAGGAAGACGACUGGGAUCUCGAACAGUACCGUAAGCGGAAAGAAGAAGAAGAUACGGCUGCAGAGGCUGCGCGUAUUCAUGCUUUGGCGUUGACCGAUUCAUGA